AUGCGGUUUCCGCCGCCUGAAGUCAGGGCGCAGUGGCCGACACCAAAUUAUACCAAUCCGGCGACACGAGGCCCUGGAAUAAUGAUUGUGGAGUUGACGCUGCUGCCACUUGCUGUUAUCUGCGUUAUGCUGCGACUGUGGAUUAGAAUUGCCUGGUUGCAUAGGAGUUGGUGGGAUGAUUGGCUGAUGGUCAUUGCAGUGAUAUUCUCUGCUGGCACUACGGCACUUGUCAUAUUGGCGACACAGAUGUAUGGAUGGAAUGUUCACGUUUGGGACCUAAAGAUCACACAAUUGGAAGUAGGCCGCAAGGCAUCGAUGGCCGGCCAGACACUCUUCGUACUCGCAUCCUCAUUUGUCAAAAUGUCCAUCUUGGUGUCAUACUUCCGAAUUGCGCCUCAAAAGUCCCUAUUUCGCAAACUCGUCUGGGCAACCUUCGCCCUCGUGUUUGCUGCCUUCUUGGUAUUUCUCGUAGCGCUGUGGGUGCAGUGCGUUCCCAUCUCCAGUUACUGGAAACUCGUAGCUGAUCAUCGCGACUGUAUCCCCGAAGGGCCGCCACUACUGGUUCAGUCUACACUCAACGUCGUUACAGACUUCAUGAUAUAUGCCCUCCCCAUACCUACGCUCUUUCGCUUAUCGCUGCCCGUCUCUCAACGUAUAGGAUUAGCAAUUCUCUUCGGUUUCGGCGGUGUAAUUGUUGUGGCUGGCUCGUUCCGCGCCUACUGGGUUCAUUAUACUCUCUUCCGCACCUACGACGUUACAUGGGAAGGGUUCCAGAUCUGGGUGUGGACUGCCGUCGAAACCAAUGUAGGUGUCAUCUGCGGCUGCAUUCCUGCACUAAAGCCCCUACUCUUCCCAACCAGAGCAAGGCAGCAAGGCAGCAGAGAUCGGAGCAAGAAGAUGUAUGGAUCGAAUCAUAGCGGUAGGAGAAUGGAGAAGAUUCGCAUCCCAGAUUCGCCCGAUCAGAUGGAGUUGGACACACGAGCCCUGACCAGCGCCCCCAGUACGGUCAAAGUCUCACCGAGCGAGCGACCGAUGAGCAAUGCAACGGAUAAGAGUCGAUUUGAUCAAGACAUUGAACAGCAGAAGGCAUUUGCCUAUUGA